AUGUCUCCCCAGCUGUCGUCGAAGCGGGCCUCGACCAAACUGCACUUGUCGAACACGCCGCCCUCUAAGCGAAGCUUCGCGCCCGACGCGUCCCUGGUCUUAGUGGGCAUCCGGGGCUCGGGCAAGCGCUCCCUAGGAUUCAUCGCCGCCGCCGCGCUGAAUCGCCGGUUUAUCACGGAGGACUAUUAUUUCAAAGAAGCCACGGGUCUCACGCGCCAUGAGUUCUUGCUCCAAUUCGGCAGCCAUGAAUUCCAGCGGCGGGACGUCGAGGUUCUCAAGAUGAUGCUUGAUAACAACCGGACGCAAUGUGUGAUUGAAUGUGGGCUGGGCAGUUUGACGCGCGUUAUUCAGGACCAUCUUCGUCGCUAUUCGCUCACGAACCCCGUGGUGUAUAUCCUUCGGGAUAUGGAUCAGAUUCAGCGCCUGCUACAGUUACAGGACUUCUCCGUGAAGCGUCUGGGAAACGGCGACCCCUACCAUCGCACGUGCUCCAACUUUGAAUACUACAAUCUAGAAGAGCGGAUUCCUGCUGAUCUACCACGGGAUGAGGGAACUCCAGAUCGCCGCUCGGUGACUUAUUCAUUCAAGCUAAAAGACGCCAAAGAAGACUUCACCCAGUUUGUGCGUUUUAUCACGGGAGCAAUGACCACUGAUCCCGGGUUGGACUCUCCUUUUGUUCUGCUAGAAACGCCCCCCGAAAAACGAUCGUACACUCAUGCCAUUUUUCUUCGACUAUCCGCCCUCAACAAUAACCUAGUGGAUGUCGCAGAACUAGAGUCUGGUGGUGAUGCUAUUGAACUCUGUAUAGAUGCAUGGAAUCCAGGAGCCGUAGCCGCCAUUGCUAAGCAUGUAUCUGUAUUACGCAGGAUAGCAAAGCUACCAAUCAUCUAUUCCAUCGACGUAGACACGCUAGCUAUUGAUCCACGCAGUCCCGACGCCAACCAGCCGGGUGAUACAUACUACCAGAUGCUGGAGCAUGGCCUUCGUCUCGGUGUUGAAUAUCUCGUCAUUCAUCUGGAUCAAGACCACAUGCGCUUGGCUCAGGUGGUUCAAAGCAGGGGAAUGACUAAAAUCAUUGGACAUUACAAUCUGGAACAUUCAUCGAGAAUCUCCUGGGAAGAUGAAGCCUGUUUAUCAAUCUACCUCGAAGCAGAGCGCCUGGGUUGUCAGCUCGUCCGGAUUGUGAACUCCGCUACCACUAGGGAAGAGAAUGACUCGGUGCGCAAAUUUAUUGACCGUGUCAAGGCGCUUUCGGGCACUCAUCCACCAAUCAUUGCGUUUAAUCUGGGGGCGAUUGGGCGAAGCUCCCAGGUGUUCAACAGCAAUCUAACAUCAGUCACACAUCCUGCUAUACCACCUUCCGCGCAAAAGGAGAAAGAUCCCCAAUUAACAUCACACGAUGCGGUCCACGCCUUGGUUCAGAGUUACAUGCUUGACCCGCUCAAGUUUUACAUUCUUGGGGCUAGCAUUGCUUACAGUAUCUCACCGGCAAUGCACAAUGCUGCUUAUGCUAGCUGUGGGUUGGCUCAUGUUUAUCGUAUUCCAGAAGCACCGUCGCUUGCUAAAUUAGAUGAAUGGCGGCAUGACCCCCAUUUUGGAGGAGCUAGUGUUGUUCAACCGUGGCGAGUCCACGUAGCGGGCCAACUACAAUAUAAAAGCCGCCAUGCAGAGGCAAUAGGUGCAAUCAACACGGUGAUGCCGUUGCGAGCGAGUGCGAAUAGACACAUCUAUCCGCUUUCUGAGCAAGCCAGUCGACGAAACGAGGCUGGGCAGAUUGCUGCUUGGUGGGGAGAAAACACUGACUGGAUUAGUAUAAUGGUCUGCUUGCGCCGCAAUCUAUCUCCCAGAAACGCCAUCAGUCCGGUUCGCACCACGGGGCUCGUGAUUGGAGCAGGAGGGAUGGCUAGAGCAGCCAUUUACGCUAUGCUACAGCUAGGAUGCCGCAAGAUAUUCAUUCUUAAUCGGACGUUAUCACGGGCAGAGGAGGUUGCAAGGCAUUUUAAUUCGUGGGUGGCCUCAUCGCACACAGACUCGGAUGCGGCAGUCCGUGUUCUGCGCUCGGCGGAGGAGCCAUGGCCCUCUGAAUUGGCGUUCCCUUCGAUGAUUGUCUCUUGUGUGCCGGAAAAUCGGAUUCAGGGUCAGCCACCGGCGAACUUUGUCAUGCCGGUUCAAUGGCUGGGCAGUCCAUCUGGUGGUGUUGUUGUCGAGUUGGCCUACAAUGCCCUAGAGACUCCGCUGGUUCGCCAGGUGCGCCAGUAUAGAGAGGAAACUGCCAUGCCGUGGGUUUUGGUCGACGGUCUCGAAGUCGUUGCGGAGCAGGGCUUUGCACAGUGGGAACUGAUGACCGGCCGCAAAGCACCACGUCGAUUGAUGAUGACAGAGGUGCUGCGCAAUUAUGUGGGAGAGAGCGGGUCGCUUGAUGAGAAAACGAUCAGGGCCAGGUUAGAAAGUUCGGCAUGA